GAUCGAGCUAUUGGAGGCUUUAUUUGCCAACCACAAAAUAUUGAUGGAAAAGAAGUUUUAGUUCCAAUAUCAUUCGCUUCAUUUAAACUUACUCCAACCCAGACAAGGUAUUCCGUAAUGGAAAAAGAACUCCUUGCCAUUAUCACAAUCCUAAAGAAGUUUAACUAUCUUUGUAAUGGAAACGUGGAAGUGUACUCCGACCAUCAGUCGUUAUCCAUUCACAAAGCAGCACCACCCCCACUUCGUGUUGCUAGAUUUUUAGAUGUUUUAGGUGCAUAUUCUCCAAAGUUAUUAUAUUUGCCAGGUCAGAAAAACUUUAUGGCAGAUAUCCUUUCCAGAUAUCAAGUCACUCUGAUCAAAGCAAUACUAGAUGAAGCUGAAGUUCUUAACGAUGAUUCUCCUGUGUCCCAUGCAGUUAAAGUUCAGGAACUCCAAAUCAAUCCAUUGUCAUUAGAAAAUUUAGAUGAAGCUCAAUUGCGACAAAUUAAAGAAACUCUUCAUCGGAAUCUUCGUCUUCCUGAUCAUCGCUUUCACCAUCCACAUAGUCAAAAAUUUCGACACUCCGAAUGUAUCUCAGGUUUCCACGGUGGCGUCUGGUAUAUCUCCUAG